ACAAGUUAAAACCCUGUACCAUAAAUACUCAAUAUCCAACACCAAGGUAGGAGAAAAUCUAGAAAAAACACAAAAAAAAACACCAAAGAUCUGAUCAUAUUUCUGAGAAGCUGCAUGCCAUGGCUUUCCCUUCGGGAGCCCUGAUCCUGAGCUCAUCAUUAAUGCUCAUUCUUGUUGCAUUUCCAGUUCCUGAUGUUCAUGCAAACUCAUGGAGACAUGCAGCUCCCAACGUUGCUGGUGGAGGAGGGAAUAUACGUAACAAGGCGCAGGCUUCCUCCAAGCACCAUCGCCCUAAGUUUCAGCCUAGCCCAUGGAAGGAUGCUCAUGCUACCUUCUAUGAGGGUGACUCUGGAUCAUUUGGAGGAGCAUGUGGGUAUGAGGAUGUGGUUAAAGAUGGGUAUGGGCUUGACACGGCAGCAGUGAGCUCAGUUUUGUUCCAAGAGGGCAAGAUAUGCGGGGCAUGUUUUGAGAUCAAAUGUGUAAACUCUCCUCAGUGGUGUAUUCCAGGCCAGCCGUCUAUAACUGUCACUGCAACAAACCUUUGCCCUCCUAAUUAUGCUCAAGGAAAUGAUAAUGGAGGAUGGUGCAACCCACCACGUGAGCACUUUGAUUUAGCCAAACCUGCAUAUCUCAAAAUUGCUGAAUACAAAGGUGGCAUUGUCCCAGUCCAAUAUCGCAGGGUACCAUGUGCUAGGAAAGGUGGUAUUCGAUUCACUGUUACAGGAAAUCCAUACUUCAAUCUAGUAAAAGUGUGGAAUGUUGGAGGAGCAGGGGAUAUCACACAAUUACAGGUGAAGGGUGAUAAAAAACUGAAAUGGACAGAUUUGAAGAGAAAUUGGGGUGAGAAAUGGGAGACUAAUGCCAUGUUAGUGGGAGAGUCAUUGACAUUCAGGGUCAGGGCAAGUGAUGGAAGGUACUCUACAGCAUGGAAAGUUGCCCCAAAAGAUUGGCAGUUUGGUCAGACCUUUGAAGGCAAAAACUUCCCAUAAAUUAAUGGUUCUCUCUGCACCAACAUCCACUGUUAACUACCACUUUAAUUAACCUUUGGUGUUUCUUCAUUGACAUCAUCUAGGAUUGUACUAAUAAUAUUGACAGCAGGACUUCAUCGGCCAUGUAGUAGAUUUAACCAAGACUUCAGAGGAAUGUUAUUCAUAUAUCAUUUUUUCAAAUAUAAUGUGUGGAUAGCAUUUUUCUAAGUUAGAUUCAUCAAUGUAAUGAGAGAAGGUUAAAAUGGAGCCUAUCUUUUUUUUC